CGGCCCGGGGUCCGAGUCACCCCAGAGGAGCCCCCACCCAGCAGCUGCAGCGGAGGAAGCCAGGCAUUGCCAAGGGCCAGCUUGAAUCGGCAGACCACAGCCGAGGGACUAGCAGACGGGAGGGCAUCCGUCCCAAAGCCGCCAGCUGAAGUGAGCCAUGAAAAACGAAGGGACAGUAUCUGCCCUGGGACUCAGGGGUUCCCUGGGGUCACUCCGAAGCAGUGAGCCCGUGGGUUUGGCCCCACCCCCGUCUCUGCUCCAGAGCUUGCUGGAGGAGGCUGCAGACUACCUGGUAGUGCACCGGGACUUCAAGGCAUGCCUGGAGACGUGCCAAAGGGGCUGUGAGAGACUAGGCUCUCACUUGCAGGCAGAGGAGUGUGAGGACAGCGAGGACCUGAAGUGCUUCCUGUGUGUGGUGGGGAUCCAGGCCCUGGCGGAGAUGGAUCGGUGGCGGGAAGUUCUCUCUUGGCUUCUGCAGUAUUAUCAGGUCCCAGAACAUCUGCCCCCCAAAAUUCUGGAACUGUGCAUUCUUUUAUACAGCAAAGUAAAGGAACCCCACGCGAUCCUGGAGGUGGCCAGCAAUUGGUUGAGAGAUCCGGCCAAUCGAGACCUGCCAGAAUAUGGGGCCAUAUUUGAACUUCAUCUGUUUCGGGUGCUGUUGCCCCUGCACUGUUGGACAGAUGCAGAGCAUAUGGCUGGGCUCUGUGCAGAGGAGGAACAGCGACGGGCUGCUUCUCAGGCCAUCUGUACAGCAAGGCAGCAGCAAGAGGAGAGCCUCGAGGAAACCAGGGAACCAGACCCACAAAAGGAGAACCAGGGAGGCACCUUCUAUCGAAAGCUGCUGGCCCUGUGGAAGUUGCUACGCUGGUUGCUAGAGUCCGUGGUGGACCAUCUCCUUUCUCUGCCCUUAAAGAAGACCUUCUUGAUUGCUUUGAUCCUCUGCCUCUUGGUAGUGAGAUUUGAUCCAGCUUGUCCCUCUUCACUGCCCUUCUUCUACAAGUUGGCUCACAUCUUCUGUCGCAUUCGAGGGACCAUCUUUUCUCCAUGCCACCUGUCGUCUUAUAAUUUGUGAUGGAGUGAACUCUGCAACACAACUCAGCUGUUCCACUCUUGGCAGUGACACUGGCAGAACGUCUUAUUGACUUCUACAUUCUUUCAGCUUGAUGUCUGGGGCCUCUGUUAUUUUAGGGCUAAUGAUAAUCUGGGAAAGCUAGGUCUGGUCACAUGGACUGCAGCCUGCCCAACAAAAUACCUAACUGAGGGAGGGGCAGAUAUGGACUGUGAUACUGCCCCCAACUUCUCUCCUCUUUAUAGAUUCCAUCUUCUUUAGUCUCAGUGCCAUGAUUCUAGGUGACAAGGAAGUGGUUGGUGCCAAUAAAGGCCUUCUCCUUUAGAAUAACACUACCGAGAGGCCCUCUCAAAUGGGAUUAUUUUGGAAUGAUGACCAGGAGCUAUGGAAUAUUCUUGUCUCUGUCCAGAGGCAGGAUCAUUGAGGGGUAGGCUUGGUGACUAGAGACGGACUCAUUUGGGAAGGGAAGGAAAGGGGGUGAUUUUAUAGGUCAGAGCAUUUGAACCUAAUUGAAAAAGACUGGCUCUUUAUCACAGAAGUAUUGCAGAGUCUCUCUGAAAUUCAUUCUAUUAAUUAGCUUGAAUGACACCUGAUGAUGGAAAACCCUUUUGUUUCUCAAGAGAUGAUAAAAAAUUUAAAUCUCUGCAUAGAUUCCAAAGCUCUCAGAAAAUUAGGGGCAGCUAGGUGGCACAGUGAAUACACUGCCAGGCCUGGAGUCAGGAACAUCUAAGUUCAGAUCUGG